GUCGAAGCUUGGUCGUCGCGCGCGAUCCCACCUCCCGAUCGCGUCCGUUCCCGCGGUCGAAGCGCGAAAACGCCGCGCCGGGAGGAUCGUCGGCCAUUGGCCAAGCGGUCGCGUGUUCUCGUGUUCUCGUGCUCUCGUGAACUUACCGUUCAAAGUUUCCUCGCCGAAAGCAACAUGUACUACACGUCCCGGACGUGGCCGCCAUGUCCGCGAUUUCGCUCGCCUGUCCUCUACGUCAUCACCGUCGGCGCGCCGUCAGUCGCCGUGAGUCGCGUCUCGAGAACGCGCGUCCGGGUGCGUCCGAGCGCUGUUCCUCCGGGGGAUGUUCCCGCGACCGGUCGCUGGCUUGAUCGUCCUCAAUCAUCCGCGUGCACGCGAGUACCGGCGUUCGAACCGCGCGGUGGAGCGCGUCAUGGCGGCUAAUGAAUCGGCUUUCCGGCGCUGUAAGCGGCGCAUGCGCAGAACGCCGGCGACGAGAACGGAAAUUCGUCAUGUCGAUAAUGGCCGCCGCCGUGUUGUCUAUACGCGCAACGGAGCGCGGUACUGUCGCCGACAGCUAGCUCCGGCAAGCUAGUGUACGCGGCAACGAGUGCGGGAUCGUCGUCGAAGGUUGGCUCUAUCGCACGAGGCUGUGGCCGCACGCGCAAGAAAUGGGCUCGAAGAAGCACAAAAAGCACAAACGCGAGCGGCACGAAGGAAUUUUGACUACGUUUUCACCACGGACAAACUGAGAGUGAGGUUGGAGUAGAAGUGAGGUGGAUACGAAAGUAUAUACCAAGCGUUCCACAGCGACAGGUGCUACGUGGAAAGGGUCAGUGGGGCACAACGACGGACAAACCGCCUAGCCUGAAGUUAAUUCUGAAGGUAGGAGGCAGUAGCGGCACACCUGAACACGGUAGCGAGUCACCGAGUCAGGCUACGAUGCUGUCGCAGGAUUACCAGCAACAGAUGGGCAACUACUCCGUUACUCAAGGUGACACGGAGUACGACAGAUACGUGGGGCACAAGAAAUUAAAGAAGAAAAAGAAGAAAAAAGACAAACGGCACAAGCACCAUCACAAGGACAAAAAGAGACGAAGAGAGGAGUCGAGUCAGGAAUCAGUCGGCGACGCUGACGAGAACCUGGCCGAGGUACCGAAAAAGAUCCCUAACCAUCAGUUAUUACCUCCUAGGCCGCCAUCCUCCAGCGGCGAGUUGCGAGUUGGAGUUGGCAAUAUAAGCUCCUUGUCGCCACAUCGCGAGCCCAGGACGUGCGUCCUUAGGAAAAUCGCGGAGCGCACGCCGCUUCAGAGACUGUUGGAGCAUCUUUUGAGGUCGAUGGAGAAGCGUGACCCGCAGCAGUUCUUCGCCUGGCCGGUCACGGACAGCAUCGCGCCCGGCUACUCUCAGAUCAUCACCAAUCCUAUGGACUUUAGCACCAUCAAGCAAAAGAUAGACGACAACAACUACCAGAAUCUGAACGAAUUCGUGGACGAUUUCAAGCUCAUGUGCGACAACGCCAUGACCUACAAUCAUCCCGACACCAUCUACUACAAGGCGGCGAAGAAGUUGCUGCACGUCGGCCUGAAGAUGGUUCUGCCGGAGAAGCUGCGGCAGCUCAGGCCGGUUCUAACAUACAUGCACGACAUCUCGAAGGAGGAGCUCGGCUUCGAGUUGGGCACUGAGGAUCCUAACAACCCGGACGCUCCGGUGACGGAGGAGCAGAUCGAACGGGAGCGCGAGCAAGAGGAGCGCAACGAGGAGGCCGAAGAGUUGAGGAAAGAGAAUCAGAGGAAGAUGAGGUUAGCCAGCUUGGGCAAGUUCGAAGCGAUACCUGACGACCUGACGCCGGAAGAGAUACUGAAGCAGGCGAGGGGCGCCGCGAAAGCGGCGUCGGAGAAACUGAGUCUGAAGAGGGUCAACUCGAAGAUGGGUUUCCUCCGACAGAAGAAGGACGGCACCACUAGUCUGCAGAUCAUCGUACCCGGCGACGGGAUCAUCCCGGGCACCAAUCAGAGGCCCGUAUCACUAGGGCAAUUGAUAGGAAAAUUGAACCACGGCACAGGAGCGUUAGCUGGAUUCCGCGAGGACCGUAGAAACAUGUCGAAGCCAGUGAAGCCUCUGUAUUACGGCGCGUUCGGCUCCUACGCGCCUAGUUACGAUUCGACGUUUGCGAAUCUUACCAAGGAGGAGACGGACCUCGUAUAUCAGACGUACGGAGAUGAAACCGCGGUGCAAUACGCAGAGUCAAUCUUGGACUUCGCUAAGGACUGUGAUUACACGUUGACUAUGGUCGAUGAUCUGCUGGACAUCCUCACGGGCGGCGAUCAUAGGAAGACGAAGAAGUUCCUCGAGGAAAAACGAAGACUGAAGGAAGAAGAGGAGAAGAUUCAGCACCUGCUGGAGAAGCCUAAUCAGGAUGUGAAUCGCAACAUUCCGUCACUGGAUAAGGUGAAGGUCGACAUCGAGCAGCUGAAGACUCUCUCGGAGCUCGGGAUCGACGUUAACUUCUUGGAGAAUUUAGAGGAGGAACUGAAAUUCAGCGAGGAACGCGCCGCUCUUCAGACCCGUUUGGACGACACUUCGCAGAUGCUGGGCCGGCUCAAGCAGGUCCAGCACGAGCGUCUGUCGGCGCCACCACCGGCGCACCUGUCUAACGUUUCCAAGGCGACGGAGGCCGAGGUGACGUUAGCCGAGAAGAUCACCGAUAAUCUCACCGACAUAGCGAAGAAACUGCCACCCUCCGCGAUUGCGCCCGUCGACGGCCUGCGAAAAGCGAUGGGCAUUGCACCUCUGGGAGGUGGACCUGAGCCGAUGGAAGUCGAGCCGAUCGCGCACAACCCCACGAUUGUCGCCGAGAACUCGUUGCUACCGCCGAGCAACGGCAAUCAGGUUCUGUCUAACUUGUUGCCGACGCCGUCGCCGAUACAGAACGCGAAUCUGCUCAGUCCGACCGCCCAGCAGAGCCAGAACAUCAGCAUCGUCGGCGGCGCGAAUCAGCCGCCGAUUCAGAUGCAGAUCGGCAUAGCGCACAACCAAACGCCGCCGUCUUUGCUGAGCGCGACGGAGCCGUCCGGCGUGACCGAUCUCGAGUCUGAGCUGCGCGAAUUCCUGGAGAGCGAUCCCACGCUGGGCCACUCGCCGCUUCACGACGACAAGACCUUGGAAGAUAUCUUAUCCGCGUCUUAAUCCGCGCGUGCGUGUAUGUACGCAUGUGCGUGUGAAUGUAAUAUACGAAUGCGUGUAUAUGUCGUAUCUAAAGUGUGACGUAAUUUUGGAACAUAAAUUAAGUAAUAUUUAAGCUAUGUGGGCUCUGUACAUUUUACUACUUAUGCCCGUGUUUCUCAAGUACGAGUAAUAAAUCGAGCAGUACAUUGUACAUUUCUUCUCA